UCUCUUUCAGUCAGUGUGUGUAUAUCUCGGUUGACAGACGGUUGAAGCGGUCGCGGACCAUUGAUCUCUAUUACUACCCGCGGACUCCUCAAACUUUUAAUUCUGUAUGGUUCUGUGCAGUGCAAUCUCAUGUUUUUUUAUUUACGUUUAUUUAAUUGUUUGGUUCUCCCUCACUUUCUUGUCUUAUAGUGUAAGACAAGACUUCUCAAAGUCAAUAAACAUUUCCUAGCAAACAAAGCAUAGUAAACAUUGACUGUGUGACUAAGAUGAGGUGCAUUAUUUAUGUAUGGUGUUUGUGUACGAUCAUCUGUCAUGGAACAUCGAUAGAAAUCCAACCAACACCAGACGCAACAGCCAAACAGGAUUCUCCGCCAAAAACAGAUUCUAUACCGAUCCUAGUUGGUACUCAACCUAAAAUAGAAUUCCCAAGUAAAGAAACCGAUGUUUCAACUCCAAUAUUGUAUGGAGAUAAUCCAAAAAAGAGUAAUCUACCUCCGAGAAUAUUUCCUAAAAAGCAGGAAAAGGAAUUAGCAAACCCAGCUAUUGUUAGUGAUGUUAAUGUAAAUUCUGAAACCAAACACCAUGAGGAAAGUAAUUUGAAUGUCACUGAUGUGAAGAUUUUACAAAAGAGUAUGUUAGAGAAUAUUACUAAUCGACAAACAACUGAGGAACCUAAAAGUGAAAAAGCACAUUCCGAACAGGAGGAUAUGCUGCAAAGCAAAUACAAAGGUGGACAGGACGUAGAUGAACUGCACCCUGUGAAGAAUGUGAAUGAGAACAAUGCAGACCCCAAAAGCCAAGUCUCUGUUAGCCCUACUAUGGACAAGAAUGGACCAAAAUCAAUGAACGAGACUAAAGUAAAACCAAGAGAGUCUAUGCUGGAGAGCACAUCUAAGAUGAUGGCAGUGUCAUCAUCAGUUUUGGCUAAUAACCAGCCUGAGCACAACGGGAUCAUUGAGCCAGGGAAGACCAUCAUGACACUCCUCCUCACCACAGUAGCCAUUGCGUGCCUUGGAGCAGUAGGCCUACUUCUCUGGAAGAGAAUUGCAAUGAGGAGGUUUGGCAGAGAUGUUUUGAUCAAUGAAGACGACUUUGACGAAGUAGCUGACAUGCAUACGUUUGAAAGAGCACAGAUACAGAUCACAUAGCACCGCCUCUCACCAACCUAGGUGUGGAACUUACCUAACUUGUGAUAUUUAAUGUAAACGACUUGUAAAUAUUAGGCAACUUAAUAACUUAUAGGAAUAAAUAUUUUUACUUACCACUGAUAAAAAAAUAAAAGUCUGUUUGUAUCUAUUUCCUACCCUAUAACAGAGAAAGAACACUAUAUUACAAGAUGAGUUGUAGUUGUAAGUAUUCAACUGAAACUAAUUUUUUUAAGAGACCAACAUUUUGCAGAAGUUGUGAAUUAAUGAGUAAUGAACUGAUGGUUCUGUGAUAAGCUAUAGAAUAUUCUUUAAAUAAAUAGUAUUUGUGUUAUCACUCUUGACUGUUUUGUAUUAUACUUGAGAUUUAAGUAAACUAAAACUAAAUUUGUACAAAAAUGACUUAUUUUUUGUUCAGUGCCUAAAUUUAUCAUGCAAUCAAUUUGUGCUCAAAUGAUGAAAUGGUAUAUCCUCACAUAUAGUAAUAUUACCACUGUGAGAUGUCUAGAAAUUAAGGUACCUGGAUUUAUUCAGCCAGAUGGUAACAACUAAGAAGAUUACAAACCAAGAAUACUGAAUCCAUAGGAACAUGCCAAGAAGUUAAUAUGUCUAUUAGUUAUUCUAAAAUGAGUGAUGAAUGCUGUAAAAGUUUUGGCUGGUGGGUUAAAAUUUAGGAAGGGUCCACCUAACUAAAAACAGGUUACACUAUGAAGACAUGCUUAAAACCCUCCUAUGUCUUGGCAUAAUUUGCAUAACUGGACUGUAGCAAAAUGGCCAGAAUACUGUUCAUAGGUACUAAAACAGUUAAGAUAUUAUCUCGUUAAAUAUUCAAAAGAUAAUUUGUCUGCUAAUUUUCAUAAUGAAAAUAGUUCUGAUAAAAAAACAUAGUUUUAAAAAUUUGCAUAGGCCCUAUGUCAUAUGUUGAAUUAUAUUUUUAACUACAAGUUACACAAUUCCAAAAUUUACAGAUUUUUUUUAAAGAUCAAUUUUUUGACGACCAUGUCACUGGCCCGGCCAUGAUCGAAUCAAAUCAAGACCUAUGCAAUUAUUUUGUACCUCCAAUUAACAAAUGUGUACCCCCUCUAUAACCCAAGUAAUAUAUGUUUUAAAGUUUUUGGCUAAAAUGUAGCAUGUCACUUGAGCGGCCAUGAUUGAAUUCGAUCAAAAAAUCUAUGCCACUAUUUAGAACCUAUUUCAUACUUUGUAUUUGUAUAAAUAUUGUCAUGGCCGAGCCAGUUUUAUGGACCACUUUUGGCCCUCAUCAAUUUUCAAUCCCUGCUUCUUCCCGGUCAUUACCAUGUGAGCGGUCAACAGCAAACUAAGUAUUUUUGAAGCUAUUACUGAAGAGGACUUUGAGAGUGUACUAAGAUCAUUUGACAAUAAAUACUCUGCUGGAUAUGACGACAUACCUUUGCCUAUAAUAAAACUUGCCUCUGUUUAUCUAAAGAAACCAUUAAACACCAAAAUAAAAAUAACAUUAAAUUUUAAUGUCUCUUAAAUAAUCAUUAAAAAUAAACACAUGUAAUUAACUCGUCUUUCAUUUCUGGCAUUUUUCCUAUCAACAAACUAAAAGUCUCAAAAAACACCCCACUUUUUAAAUCUGGUGAUGCACAAAUUGCUUCUAACUACAGGCCGCUAUCUUUACUGUCAUCCUUUUUCAAAUUGUAUGAGAGAGUGGUUGCACAGCAAUUGACAAAAUACUUGGAGUCUCACGAGAUUAUUUCCAAUGAGCAACAUGGCUUUAGACAAAACAAAUCUGUCAUAAGUGCAAGUACAGAUUUCAUAGAAUCAUCCAUUGAUUCUAUAGAUAAAGGCGAGCAAACCGUAGGAAUUUUCAUCGACCUCAGCAAGGCAUUUGAUAGUGUUUGUCAUACCAAAUUAUAAGUAUUCUUUCAAAUUUUGGAAUAAAAAAUAAAGCUUAUGAUUGGAUCAAAUCUUAUUUAUGUACUGUAAUCGAACUUCUUACUUUUGUUGAACUGAAAUACGUAAACAAGUUUAAUCAACUUAUAUCUUGCCGUUCCAGUAACAGUCUGUUGACAUAUGGUGUACCACAAGGAUCUAUAUUGGGACCUUUAUUCUUUUUCUGCUACAUCAAUAGCUUAGCUAAUUUCAGUGAUCAAAGUAAAAUCACUUUAUAUGCAGAUGAUGUAAAUAUAAAACUAUCCGGAUACCAUCAUGCAAAUGAUAUAGAAAUAUCUUUUUUUAUAAAACUUAAUGCAAUCCAACAACAUUAAGCUGAUCUAAACCUUUUAAUAAAUAAACAGAAAACGAAAUAUAUUAAUUUUUCCGCUUCAAAUAGGAAAAGUGGGCCUGUGGUAAAGAAUGUUUGUCUUAAUGAUUCCUUUAUAGAUGAAAUUAAGGAAACAAAAUUCCUUGGUUUAACUGUUGAUAGACUUCUUAGCUGGAACACUCAUGUAUCUCUAGUUUGUAAAAAAUGUCAACAGGUCUUUUCACCCUUAGAAAAUUAUCACCAUUUUGUGAUAUUAAAACCCUUAGAGCAGUUUAUUUUGCUUUUGUGCACUCUCAUGUCUAUUUUGGUUUGUCGGUUUGUGGUAACACAUCUUAUUAAAAUUUAAACAUGAUACUUGUAUUAAAAAAAGCAAUAAGAAUAAUAAUGAAACUUAAGUGGUUUGAGUCAGCCAGAGAACAUUUUUCAAAUUUAGGAAUAAUGACAGUUUACAACCAAUUAAUCUAUGAUCUGAUUCUGUGGAUUUAAAAAAAAUCAAAAUAGUCUUUGUAUGCUAGGUUCUAACCACAGAUACGAAACUAGGAAUAAGAAUAAUUUUUGUUUUAAUAGACAUAAGCUAACGUUUUAUGAGAAGAAGGCAACAUAUUCAGGCAUCAAAUUUUAUAAUUCAUUACCAGAAAACAUAAAAUGUAUAACUGAUUUCGGGUCCUUCAAAAAUAAAUUGAAGUAAUUUAUUAAUUGUUAAACCUUUGUACAGUUUUAAUGAAUUUUUUUGAGCAUAUGUUCUCUGUAACGGUUAAUUUGAUUUCUUACAGUGAUUACAAUUUUUAAUUUAUUAUUGUAUUAUAUAUACUUGUACUUACUAGUUUAUAAUAGUACUUGUUGACGCCAUUCUGUACUCUAUGUGUACAUAAUGAAUAAAGAAAAUUUUGAUUUGAUUUGAUUUGAUUAAACUUAAGCUUGUGUCGAAAAGAGCUACUUUAGGCACUAUAGAUGC